AUGCGCUUCAACUUUGGCGGAAUUCUCUUGGCCCUGGCGGCCACCACCCAAAUCGCAACCGCUAACCCUGCCCCAGCCAAAUGGAACGGCAAGGGCGCUGAGGCUGGCUACAAGUUUGGUGCCGUAGCCUGCGCUGCUGGUGCCCUUGUUUGCAACUCCCAGGGCAUGACAGUCGGAGCUUACACUCUUGGAAGCGCUGCCUUCUGCUGCAGCACCGCCGGAGCUGCAGUCACUGCCUCCCAGUCUGAUGGAUGGAAGAAGGCCUGGACUGCCGCGGCCAACAAGCUCGGCGACGCCGCAAAGAUGGCCAAGGGCGGAAUUUCCAAGGUUGGAAAGCUAGCUACCGAGUGCAGCGACAAGGUGUGCAGACUGAUGCCCGGCAAGAAGCAACCCACCCUUCCCAGAAGGGCCAUCGACGGGCCCAAGCCCAAGAGGUCCCGACGCAGAAAGUCGCACUCUCACGAUGGAGGCGAGGGAGAGCGACGUGCUAGAAGGUCGGUCAACUAUCAGCGCAGUGCCAGGCGGUCUGUCGACGGACUCGAAAGCCAACUCCGUGCCAGAAGGGCCUUCGACGCCGAGUACGACUACGACUACUAG